AUGCAAUUUCGCAAAGUAAUUUGUUACAGUUAUGCACAUAUUCAACCGACUCUAAUCUCCAGUUCAUUUCGCAAUCUGUCGACUUCAUCACAAUUAUUCAAACACCAGCAGCAAAGAUAUCGUGAGGCUAAAGUAACUGUAAAUGAAAAGUCGAAGAGUAGACGAGAUGCUGCUCGUGAACUAUUGAUGAAAACAAAUAGGACGAAGUGGGAGCAGGAAAUGGCUCAAUUAAAUAUUUUGAAAGGUCGAAUUCCAACUUCCGAUACUUACUUAAUAUCUGAAUUUGAGCCGAAAAAAUACAGUUUGUCAGAAGCUGUUGAGCUACUGCGUGAAAGUGCCCAGCCGGAUAUGUAUGAUUGUAUGGAUAAUCCAGUUCGAGUUAAGGUUACGCUCAAUAUGUGUACAAAGAAGAAGACAAGGUUCAUACCGAAAUUUGAAAGUAAUCUCGUUCUACCAAAUAUAUUAGAUUUUAUGCCUGCUCGUCGAGUAUUGGUCAUAUGUCAAAAUUCAGAUGAUCGUGAGGCAUAUUUAACUGCUGGUGCUUAUGAUGCUGGUGGAUCAGCACUUAUCCAACGUAUAAGUCAAGGUCACUACCAUUGGGGUGAAUAUGAUACUGUUGUCGCUCAUCAAAGUUGGGAAAGUCAGGUGACAAAAUUACGACAUAUUUUAAAAGAAAGAUUACCGACAAUAAAAAAUGGUAGAUUUGGUGAAGAUAUGAUGAAACUGAUGUCAAUCCAUUCGAAUAGUAUUCAACUGGAAUCAACCUCCAUUGAUGGUGUUCCUGAAAUUGGAUUACUGGAUAUAAUUUUGGGUCAGCUCUCAUGGGAUUUUAAUCGACUAGAAGAGAAUUUACGUAGUUAUUUGGAAUGUAUUGAAUCACAAAAGUCAUCUAGAAUCAUAAAUGAGUUCAUUCAAUCCGGUGAAAUUCAUUGUCCACCAACUGGUGAACGUUUUAUUUUAGAUAUUUCACAAUAUUGUUCUCUUGGUAACAAAUCUAAAGCAAAUCAACUUGUUGAUGAAGGUGAAGAAGAAGAAGAAGAUGAUGAUCAUGAUCAUGAUGAUAUAAUUGAUAUGAUGAGUAUACAAAUAGAAAAACAACAAAAUACAAAUGAACUUGAUAUUUGAACCUCUUGUUAUUAACUAAUUAACACCUAAUGUACAUGUACAUAUUAUUAUUAAAAUACACUGAUUUCCCAAUUCUAUUCGGUUUCUUUAUCUUAAAGACUAUUUAAAGAACCAAUAUGAUGUUAUCAAGUUUAUUUCAUCAUCUGGAAAUUUUCUACAGAUGGUUAUUUUAUUUAUUUAUUUAUUUAUUUGAACACAUAAAUAUUGAUACAAAGGGGCAUCGGAUACAUAUGAACCACACAAGUGUGUAAGGUGUGAUACUGCUCGAACUCCCAAACUGAAGCAGGUGGUUUUCUUUUAGGGGUCACAUCCGGAGCCUUCAACCUGAAGGUCUGAUCCACAAGAUAGUGGAGCAACGUCAGAUGAUGCAUUCUCAUGGUAGCUGGUGACCAACACUUGGUUCAUACACUAUUCGUUCCAUCAGGAUCAUGAAGCCCAUGUGAACCAUUAGUUUAGAAUAAGUGUUUUCCAGUCCUCCUAGGUGAAUCCUUCAUAUCCACCAAGCUGGUUAAAGCGCCGGACAUUCGCUUUUCGUCCUCUCAAUUUCGUAAACAACACGC